AUGCUCCGCGCUACUAGGGCUUUCCUCCCCUUCUCCUCUCGUCGCGCGCUUGUCUCUCCCUCUGCUCCUGUUCCACCACUUCAUCUUCGUUCCCCCAUUCACUCUACUGGCACUAUGCACGCCCCUCCUACCAAUGGAAACGUCAAUGGCAACGGUGUUCACAUCAAUGCGGACUUUGCUGCUGAGCACACCGCGCGUGGUGUGAGCCGCCUCGUCAAUGGAGUUAUUGUCAAAGGCGAAGGCUCCUACGUGACGUUCGACGAUGGACGUAAGAUGCUUGACUUUACCACGGGAAUUGGCGUCACUGGCCUCGGCCACUGUCACCCAGUGGUUAGUAAGGCUGCUGCUGACCAGUGCAUGAACCUUGUUCACGGACAGUGCAGCAUUGCAUUCCAUGAACCAGGAGUCAAGCUAAUUAGCGCGCUCAUGCCGCUCAUGCCCGAUCCUUCGCUCGACACGUUCUUUUUCUGGAACUCGGGCUCUGAGGCUGUCGAAGCCGCGGUCAAGCUUGCACGUACAGCUACAGGGAGACAGAACAUUAUUUCUAUGCAAGGGGGGUACCAUGGACGUACUUUUGGUGCGAUGGCUCUCACCCGUAGCAAGACUAUCUAUAGCGAUCGUGUUAGCCCAUUGAUGCCCGGAGUGUAUGUUACACCUUACCCGUACUGGCACCAACUUGGUCUCCCGCCCAACGCAACCGAAGAGCAAGCAGUCGCCCAAAGUAUCCAUCAACUCAACCUUCUCUUCGCACAGCAAACCAACCCAGCGGAGACCGCCGCGAUUAUCAUCGAGCCUGUACUCGGUGAGGGUGGAUAUAUCGCCGCCCCUGCCUCUUAUCUCAAGGCACUCCGUGAGAUCUGUGACGAGCACGGCAUCUUGUUGAUUUUUGACGAGGUACAAUGCGGGUUUGGCCGAACGGGCAAGUACUUCGCGAGCGAGUACUCUGGCGUACGCCCGGAUGUUAUGAUUAUUGCCAAAGGGCUUGCCAAUGGGUUCCCGCUGAGCGGUAUUGUAAGCCGAAAGGAGCUGAUGGAUACGCAAAAGCCCGGGUCAAUGGCAAGUCACAUAUCCGAUAUGGAUGGUGGCACGUACGCGGGUAAUGCGAUUGCCUGCGCUGCGGCUGUUGCAUGCACCAAAGUUAUGCGCGACGAGAACGUGCUCGAGAACGUUAAUGCACGAUCUGCCGAACUAUUCGAUGGUAUCAACGUGUUGCGCGCUAAUCCCAAGAUUGCUCCAUACAUUCUAGACGUGCGCGGUAAAGGGUUGAUGGUUGGCGUUGAGUUUGCAUCUCCAACGAAUGCGAGCUGGGAUGCAUCGGUGCAGAGUAGUGCGCCAAAGGGCAUGGCCAGCCGAGUAGCUGCCAAACUCCUCGAGCGAGGUGUAUUGUUGUUGACAACCUCGAUCUUCGAGGUCGUGCGAUUCAUUCCUCCGUUGAAUAUAUCUCAGGCUGACAUGGCCAAGGGAAUCAAAGCAUUCCAGGAGGCAGUCGAGGAGGUUGUUCGCGAGGGUUGA